ACUCCUCCACCCACUACGCUCCACCACGCCAUCUCCACAACCCCCCAAAUUUCAUCAAACAAAAUACAUCGUGUCAUUUUUUUUCAUGGUGACAGAAAACAGCCACUAACGACCACAGGACCCUUUUCCGCAGCAAGGCACACUUUAGGCCCCCAACGACAAACAGAAUGUCACUCGUCUUCCCGCCAUCGUAUCUCGCAUCUACGAAUCGCAGAGGGCCUAAAUACUGGCCAAGUUGCGACAACCACUAAUAACUCCCUUUCUUUAUUUUCCGCCCCCCCAAGAUUUACGGCUUGA